AUCGCUACGGCGGCAAUGAGGAGGGACCUCCGCCGCUCCGAGGUCGCUUAUCGCGCGACCCAGUGCCAGAGCGGAUCUCUUCACCAUGAUACAUCUCCAUCGUCCGAAAACCGAACCUUGUUGAACAGUCCCCUACCCCUCCUCCACCGGUUCUCCUUCAUUUCCAUCAUGGUCGCAGAUCUCUUUGUUCCUGAAACGCGGGUCCUCGCAGUCGCUAGCCAUGUUGUCUAUGGGUAUGUGUCAUAUUACCGCGGGGAACAAUUGAUAAUGACUCCCACUUCCAAGCCUGCCCUCUAUAUGCACUCUGAUCAUGGUACUUGUCGCCACAUAGCUCAAGGCUGACUGAAUAGACAGAUAUGUUGGCAAUAAAAUGGCGAGUGUGGUCAUGCAGCUCCUGGGCUGUGAUGUUGCCGCGUUGAAUACAGUGCACUUCAGUAACCACACGGGGUACAGGCAAUUCAAGGGGACAAGAGCCACUGCCGAAGAGAUUACCACGCUGUACGAAGGCCUGACACAAAGCCAUCUCACCGACUUUGACGUUAUGCUGUCGGGCUAUGCCCCCAGCGCGGCCGCAGUGGAGGCUGUUGGAGCUAUCGGUAUAGAUUUGCAGCGCAAGGCGGCGAAAAAGCCAGGCUCUUUUUUCUGGGUCCUGGACCCGGUCAUGGGUGACCAAGGUCGACUUUAUGUCAACAAUGAUGUUGUUCCUGCAUACAAGAGAAUGAUCCAUCACGCAGACUUAAUUUUACCGAACCAAUUCGAAGCUGAGGUCUUAUCCGGUGUCAAGAUCACCUCUCUCAGCACUCUCGCAGAAGCCAUCACCGCCAUUCACGCUACCUACAAAGUUCCCCACGUUAUCAUCACAUCCGUCCAGAUUUCCAAUCUCUCACAAGAUUCGUCACCGGCAUCCACUCGACCAUCCGCAAACACUCUCACUGUGAUCGGCUCUACCACCCGCUCUGAUGGCUCCCCGCGUCUUUUUCGCGUGGACGUCCCUGCAUUAGACUGCUAUUUUAGCGGGACGGGGGACAUGUUUGCUGCCCUGACGGUGGCACGGCUCCGCGAGGCUGUCUUUGCUGCUGACCCCGCCCUUCGCACCACCAAGUCUUGGGUCUCGCCAGAUGAUGUUUCCGCUACCGCUUUGCCAUUGGCACAGUCGACUGUCAAGGUCCUCGCCAGUAUGCACUGUAUCCUCGAGAAGACUAUGGAGGCGCGCAACGCAGAGCUGCAGGCGGCAGUCAUUUCCAAUGGGGAAGUUUUUAGUGAAGAAGAGAGGCGAAAACAAGAGCACCUGCGUGAGAGCAAAGCCGCGGAGGUCCGAGUAGUGCGCCAUGUACAAUUACUACGCGAGCCCACGGUAGAGUUCCCAGCCCAGGAAUGGAGUAAAGAUGAUCUACCAUCACAAUUCCGGUGAUAAGAACUUCUUCCAUAUUCACCGAUGGGGCUUGCAUAGAUGGAUUAUAGAUAUUGUCCAGCAUUGACGGAAUAGAAACUCGGGGACUGUAUGCAGUAGACCGCUAUUUCGAGGUUGUC